AUGAAACUAAUUAAAAGGAAUUUAAAGGAACCACGUCCUGCUGGUGAUGAAAACGGAGCGGCAGACGCGAACUCAGUGAGUUCUACCACUGCUGCAACUACUACAAUAGAUCCCUUGACUAAACUAGAUAAGGAAACAACAGAUGAACUUCAGAAUAUUCUUAACAAAUAUGAACGUGAAUGUAUUGGAAAUUCUGAGUUUUCCUCUAAGUUAGAUGCAAUACGCAGUGUGAUAAAGUUGGACCAGAGUCGUCUCAAAGAUAAAAUACUGGCAGAACAGGAUUUCAAAGUUUACAAUCAGCAACGUAUUGACCUUGAAAAGCAAAUCAACGAUCGUAUAGACGAACUGAAUAACAUUCUCCCCAAACUUGAUCCAAAUAGCUCCUGUUCACAAUUUCAUUUAAAACAACGAGAUGCACUCAAAAAAGCCAAAGAACUUUCUAAUAUUAAAAAACAAGAUGCUCUAAGGGAAAACUCAAAGCUUUGUUCUAGCGAUACUGAUUACGACCCUUUUUAUUAUAUUUAUUAAGCAUAUUAAAUACGAUAUCAAAAAGAAAA